UAAUGUUUUGCACCCAUUAUUUCAGUGGCAAAGGUGAUUUUUGCGUGAACGAUGACGUCUGUGUGGAAACGACUUCAGAGAGUAAACAAACGAGCGGCUAAAUUCCAGUUCACUGCUUCCUAUCACCAAAUUACUCUUGAAACUACUUCGAAAUGGAAGCCGACCAAGUUGAGCGUGGUGUGGACGCGCCGGAGCCGCCGGGUGGUGUCGGAGGUGCAGUCGUGGGAGCCACUGAUGAGCGAGCCCCUCAAGGGCAUCGCCGUCUGGCCUGUGCCCGAGAACAAGCAGGUGUCGGUCACACUCUUCAAGGACCCCCGCUCUCAUCAACUCGAGGACAAGGAGUGGACUUUCCUCAUUGAAGAUGUGAGCAAUACUGGUAAACGAAGGCAAUUAGCUGCUGCAAAUAUCAACAUGAAGAAAUACGCUAGUGUGGACUCCAAUCGCUUUGAGAUCAAUUUGGAAUUGAAACCGACCACUAAGAAAAUAACGUCAUGUAGUUUGGAGUGCACCAUGUCGUGUGUACUUCUACGAGAAGGAAAAGCAACCGAUGAAGAUAUGCAAUCCAUGGCUAGUUUGAUGAGCACAAAUAAUAAUAGUGACAUCGCUCCUUUGGAAGACUUUGACGAAGAAGAAGACGUUGAUGACUGUUCAUUGAAAAAUAAUUUGGAUCAAGUAUUAGAUAUGACAAGCCAGUUGGAAAAAUUGACAAACAGCCUAAGUGGAUCAGAAAUAGCUAGUAGUGUCGCUAGUCUUCGAGAAGAUAUCACCCCGAUAGCCGGUGAUGCGAAACCGUUUCCUGCACUGUCUCGAGACACAAGUAGGCACGACUUGGAUACACCAGAAAAUAGAACUAAUAAGACACCUGCGUCAACAAAUAGUAUAUCUACAAGUGAGGAGAAUCAAUCAAAAAAUAGACUGAACUUGCAACCUCUCAACUUGAAAGAGCCCGAUGGGAAUCUUCGCGCUUCAUUCCGAAUGGCCCGCGAGAGCACGCCUGGUCAGGAUCUGUUGGAAUGGUGCAAAGAGGUCACCAAAAAGUAUCCCGGAGUCAAAGUUACCAAUCUCACCACAUCCUGGCGCAACGGACUCGCCUUUUGUGCUGUUGUACACAAUUUUAGACCUGACCUUAUUGAAUUCGACUCGCUCUCACCGCAUGAUGUGAGGGGAAAUUGUAAGACUGCGUUUGACGCCGGCGAGGCGCUGGGAAUAUCGCGGGUCAUUGACCCCGCUGACAUGGACGUUCUCGCCGUGCCUGACAAAUUGGCUGUUAUGACUUACCUCUACCAACUCCGGGCACAUUUCACUGGACAUGAGUUGGAAGUGCAGCAGAUUGGGAAAACGGCAGAUGAGUCUUCGUACAUGAUUGGUCGCUUCAAUACGGAUCCCGAUUCUGACGUCACAGUUCAACUUUUCGGUCAAGAGAUUAUGAAUCUCCGUUCCAAACGUUUAGAAUCCGAUAAUAAAUCAAGCACCAACAGUAAAAGGAGUAUUGAUUCUGAGAGCGAGAGUGACAGUGUUCGACGCUUGAAGCUUCGUCUGCCUCUAGUCCAUGAUUCAAACGACCUCGUCGAGUCGACAAAAGAGCGAUCUCCAACGUCGGUCAAAGAUGUCAUUCUAGCUGGAAAAACUAUACUAGGAAAAGUGCUUUCACCGACAAAAGAAAAGUACAACAAUCGUGAUAACAAUCGAGAAAAAAGUAAAUCUCCAGAAAACAAUCAACAACAUCGUCCGAUUCUGAUGACCAGACGUCAGCUGACUGACCCUUUCGGCUCUGACGAAGAAGAUGAAAGUAUGCAAGAUGAAAAUAAUAGGAAGAAAUCGAAUGGCCAGAUAACAAGAUCCGUUUCCUCAAAUGAAAGUGGACUAAUCAACUCAAGCAGGGAAAGUUCCGAGAGCCGAUGGUCCACUGGUCUCCCGAAUUCCUUGAACUCUAAUCAACAGCAGCGUUUGCUGAAUCGUCAUGAUGAGCUGAAAGAGCGAGCGAGACAGCUGCUGGAGCAAGCGCGACGGGAAGUCAAGUCCUCUGCCAGCGCCACUGCUAACCUUCACUCGCCCACUAAGGUGGAAGAAGAGCGACAGGCUCAGCUGCGUGAGAGAGCGAGAAAGCUGAUUGCUGAGGCGCGCAUGGGAGUCGUCACUUCUCCCACUCAAACUUCACCCUAUGGAGACAACACCCCGGUAGACGGACAAACUCCGGAUGGAGUCGACGAGCAGAACAACACAUUCAAUCGCAAUUCACCCUCCCGCACACUACCAACACCCAAGAAUGAGAAAAAUGGAAAUAUAUCGUGGGCGAGCGAAGAGAACAGUCCACGCCACAAGAAAGCUUCGUCACCUCUACACUCUUUCAAACCGCUCAUGGAUCGCAUCUCUCCAGAUAACGAUGCCAAUGAGCUGAAGGAUGUCAACUACAUUCAAAAUGAACUGGAAGCUUUAGAAAGAGAACAGAAACAAAUUGACAAAAGAGCAGCAGUACUUGAAAAAGAAUUGCGGAAAGUUAUGGAAGUUGGUGGUAAUGAACGAGAACGAGAAGAAGAAUUGAUGGUGAUGUGGUUCACAUUGGUGAAUAAGAAGAAUGCUCUACUUCGACGCCAAAUGCAACUCAACAUCCUAGAGAAAGAGGAUGAUUUGGAAAGGAGAUUUGAACUUCUAACAAGAGAAUUAAGAAGUAUUCUCGCAAUGGAAGACUGGCAAAAAACAGAUGAGCAGAGGUUGAGAGAGAAUUUGCUUCUAUCAGAACUCGUGAAUAUUGUGAAUAAACGAGAUGAGUUGGUCCAUCACCUCGAUUCACAAGAAAAGGCGAUUGAGGAUGACGAUAAAAUCGAGGAGGAUCUCAGUCGUGCUGGAAUUCCUCAGCGUCCCAAUAACUGCGUCAUACAGUGAACAUCAAAACAAAAGCACGUGCUUCAUUUUUGGAAACAGAUGCCGAAGAUCACUGCCUGAAUAUGAGGAGAAGUAUGGAGUAUAGAAGGAGUAUUCUAGACCUAUAUCGGAAUCCAAAGAAGACCAAUCGAGCCUAAAACUCCGCUCCAGUUAUUCAACAUUGGUUAGGUAGUGGUGUGCUCUCAAAGUACUGGUAAAAUUAAAUAUGGUACUCUAAAUAGAAAUACUGAAUUAGUCCAACAACAAUCUGACAGUUUUAAUUAGAUAUAUCUACUUAGUAGAUGGAUCUCUAUUCUUUAGAAUUUGAAACUAUCUUGCAAUUCUCAUUGUAAGAAUUACACUUGAAUUUCAAUGAUAAGAAUCGUUAUUCUAUGAUAAUUAUCUAAUACUAUAGAUGCUUAUUCCAUUUGAAAUACAAGAACUUGAGCAAUCAAAUUCCUGUGAUUUUUUAAAACGUAUCAAUAUGAGGCAAUUCUGCUGUACAGUCAGUUUUAUUUGAAAGCUUUAAAUUUCGUGAUUUAUGAAUUUAUUAUUACUUCUUUGGAAAAGUGAAAAUUCAAAGUCAACCAUCAUAUUAAAAGUUGAGUUUUUGGAAGAUUGCUCUUCUAAAACCAUUAUGGAGUUUUUUUUAUAAAAAACUAUAAACUUUGGAAACUGAGUUUGCCCUCUUUAUUUCUGUCUACUUUCUUUAUCUUACCUUCGCGGAUAAAUUUGUACAUAGUUAAUUAUUACUCGCUGUUACCUUUUCAUUAUGAUGCACAUAAAAUCUCAUGUUUUUGUUGUUACUUCCACAAUUUAUUGGAGUGUUUAUUGAAUAAGUAUGAUCAUUGUGUUGUCAACAGUCACCGUAUCGUCGUCUGCAAUAUGUUGCUCAGUGAAUUGUGCUUUAAUGUAUUAUUAUUUAUUUCUAUUUAUUCCGUCAUAAUUUAUUUGAUUUUUUUGUAAUAGAAGUGUGGGAAGUCAAUGAUUUUUUUUCUUGUUCUGUGAAUCGGUCGUGAUGUAUGAUUAUUGUUUUUUUGUGAAGCAAUAAGCAAUAAAAACUCAAGAUUAUAUGCUCCAGACCCUCUAUCCGCAAAAUAUUGCAUCAGCUAACAUGUCCUUGUUAGUUAGGUAAUAAAUAUCAUAAAAUUGUUGUUAUUCUAUAGUUAUCAAAUUGUUAUUUUAAGCUUGGUCAUUAUUUAAAUCAAAAAUAUUUUUUUCUUCUGACACUUAUAAAAACGUUUAGGAAAUCAACUUUGAUUUACCAACUUUUGUUUAUCCAGUUGGUGCUAAUCAAUUACAACAGCAACAGUUACAGAAUUGGCAAUCACGACACUCCCAUUUUAUGCGAUUAUAUUCUUUUUCGACUAGAUAAAUAACUCUUAUCAAAACUAUCGCUGUAAAUAAAUCAUAAAAAUAGUUCGGAAUUCUAUGAUGCUCUGGUUUCAGAGAUGAUUCUUUUAUAUGUUGUCUGUCUUAUGUUUAUAUUUGCCUGACUUUACAAAGUUUGUAGCAGUGUCGUCUUGUAUUUGUUCAUUUCUAGUUUUUGUAUAAAAUAAUUAUCUCUUAACCAAUUUUCAAGACUUAAUCAAGCCUGUUGUGACUUAUAAUUUUAAAAUAAUAGUUAAUAUUUUAUAGCAUUAAGAUUUGAAACUAUGGUAUUGUCAGGCAUUUACAUAAACCUUUUAAAUUGAUCUAAUUUAAUGAAACUCGUGAUAAUUUAAAUCAAAUCAUGACAUAUUUUUAGUCAUUAUUGCUACCAUCUUUAGAUUUUUUAAACCAUCAAUAAUAAAUAAUAUGUGUUAUAUACAUUUUAAUAUGAGAAUUUAAAAAGGGAAUCGUCUUUGAUUGAAAUAAAUUUUAAAUACGUAAUUUGGAUCGAAUUGCACAUUACGUCUUCAUUGUUUCAUGAAAUGUGGUGCCAUUCAUUUUUCUUAUUCGUGUUCUGCUUGUUAUUUAUGUAAAUUUAUCAUAGACUAUGUAUCAUAGAGUAGUAUUUUGUAAUUCACUUUUUAUAAUUGAUAGAGUUUUUAUUUGUUACCAAAUAAUGAUAAUAAUACUUUCAUACGCAUAUGAAUUAGUAAGUAUUCCACAUUCACAAUGUGAGUAGUUUACAUAUUGAUGUUUUAACUCACCAGUGUCCAGUCAAGGAUUUAGAUUUACGUUAGAAAUUCUUCAUUGCAGCUGGAAGAUUGUGUUUUUUCAGAAAGUUUACAGCGGAAAUGAAAAAUGCACACUGCUAUCAAUUGCACACUAUAAAUCAUCGUUAAAAACGUAUUACUUGUGAAUUUGUGUGCUAGAUGUUGAUGAAAAAUCUUUGGUUUAAAUUUAAAAUAUGAAGGAUUCACCAAAUUUUUAUAGUUAUCAUCUAAAUUUGUCAUAAACUUGGUAUAGUAAUGAAUAUGGUCGAACCCAAUCAAAGUUAUGUAUGAUACAUUAAAAACGGAUUUUUGGUAUAUUGGAUUAAAAUAUGCUAUAUUUCUAGCUCCCAUUCGAUUUCUCAAGUGACCGAGUAUAAGAUAUAAAUUGAAUCAGGGUAAACCGUAUUCUUGAAGGUACAUCAUCAUUAUAGUGUAGCCUACCUAUUUGGGUGAAUUCUCUUAAUGCUGUUUCGUGAAUAAUUAAAAUAAUCUAUAUUUAUUAAAUAAAACACAUAAAAUGUUAAUUCUACAUUUAGUCACGGUACAGGUCCAUGGUUCCAUUGAAUUUAAAAAUAAACUAUUUUAAAGGACUAUUUGGAAUUUUUAAUGAUUAUAUUCAUGAAUUCAAUUAAUUUCAUUGUUAAUAGAGUUUUUAUCAUAAAAUAAAAAUAGGAGCAAUGUUGUGAAAAUGCACCAAUUGAUGUUUUAAAAAGCUGUAAACUUUCCUGAAAAUGUUUCUAAGCAGAUAAUGUUUGAACUGAAUGUCUAAAAAGCUUAAAUUCAAGUUAUUUUCAUGCUUCAAAAUGUUUAUAUUUGCUUGAUAUUUUUUGUAUCUCAUGAUUGAGGCCUUAUUGUGAAUAAUUAUCGUGAUAGUAUUGGUUAUGCUGUUUAGGAAAGUAUAUGGUUUUUUAUUUUGUUCCUAGUAUGUUCUAAUUUUUAUUAUUUGUGAUAAUUAUGUCUUAAGAAGGAAUAAAAAUCAUUGCGUUUGAAAA